CAGUUCUGUGAAGAUCCGCACCCUGCGAACAUGCCCGAUCCAGUCAAAGCGCCCAAGAAAGGCUCGAAGAAGGCCGUGUCCAAAGUCACUAAGACCGGCAAGAAGAAGAGGAAGACCAGGAAGGAGAGCUAUGCCAUCUACGUGUACAAGGUCCUGAAACAGGUGCACCCCGACACCGGCAUCUCCUCCAAGGCCAUGCUGAUCAUGAAUUCCUUCGUGAGCGACAUCUUCGAGCGCAUCGCCGGCGAAGCUUCCCGCCUCGCUCACUACAACAAGCGCUCCACCAUCACCUCCAGGGAGAUCCAGACCGCUGUCCGUCUCCUGCUGCCCGGUGAGCUGGCCAAGCACGCCGUGUCCGAGGGAACCAAGGCCGUGACCAAGUACACCAGCUCCAAGUAAAGUGUGUUUACUCUGAACCAAACAAAGGCCCUUUUCAGGGCCACCCACUCCCGCUGCGAGAGCUGCGCUCCUUCCUCCAGAAGCUUUGUUCAUGUCCAACUGUUUUCACUUGCGCUUCAGUUUGUCACGUGACUGAUGAGUGAACCUGAAAUCACUGAGCAUGCGCAGUGUUUCUGACGUGACAGGGAAACGACUUAAGCGGUAAUUAGAAUAAUUUCAGACGGUGACGUCUUUAAGGUUUGGAUUUGGAAAGAUAGUGAACAGAUGUUCUUAUUAAAGGGAUCAGAAGCUGAUCAGAGCCUAACAUUCUCACUUCACAUCAGAUUUUUCUUUACACAGACUGUGAAAUGUUACCACAUGAUCUUUGAGCCGCUUCUUUCCAGCUGCUUGUGAAGUAAGAAGAUGCAGGAAGAGGAGAAGAAGCCGGCUCAGUGUCCCACUCUGCACCGUGUGAACCACAGUUUCACUGAUGAUAAGAAAUGUUUAUCAGAAUAUUAGAGAAAAUACUGUUCAGUUUGAAUAUUUCACAAUCUAAACAUUACAGGCGACAGGACGGAGAUGAUACUGACUCACCAGCUGUGUCAGAGUCUCUCUCUGAGGUCCUGUGUCUCUCUCUGAGGGCCUGUGUCUCUCUCUGAGGUCCUGUGUCUCUCUCUGAGGUCCUGUGUCUCUCUCUGAGGGCCUGUGUCUCUCUAGAACAUCUAGUGGUCA